UUUAUUUAAAAAAAAAUCAGAAAACCUUGUGACUGAAAAAGACUCCUGCCUUGGGGGAUUUUUACUUUCACAGAUUUCAAAGGCUUAAACUCAAGGGAAAAAAGUGGCUAGAGUUUUAGGUUUCUGUGAGUAGAUGACAGAGGAAUUAAAAAUCCAUCACAGAUCCUGCCUGGUAACUAUUGCCAUAGACAAAUGAAGCCUAAAAGUGCUGUUGAAUUCUAUUUCCUCUGAAGAUAUAUCUUAAACAUUUUUGUCCCACGGCUGAUGACGAAAGUGGAAAUCGAGUGUUAAAAGUAUGAAUUCUUUGCUGUUGAGGGUGGUCACUGAUUUGUGUCUUGGAGAAUUUAAUUGGCUGUUUCUCCCAACCUUCUCUCUUGAAGAAAAGAGCCCUGAGCCAAUGAGGAGCUACUGUUCUGUGUCCAUAGCAACAAAAUAAACAAACUUUGGCCUGCCACCUCCCAAGGGCAAACCUCACAACUCAGGCCCAAGUCACGGGAAUCUGAAUGGUGGGGUGACCUUCUCCUCUAGUUUACUUUCAUUGCAAUACUGAGAAACUUCAACUGUUUUGUCUUUAGAAGGGAAAUUCAUGUUUGUGCCAGGCCAGCCUUUGUAAAAGCCUUUGAUUGGAUUCACUAGAAGUCUGUCUUCCCGCAGUACCUAUACUGUGAAUUUUCUGCCUCGGCAUUUCAACCACUUGGAAUGGCCACUAAAGUCUUGUGUUCUGGAACCUCUGGAUUUGAUCUAAAGUAAACUCUGAUUCUGUGUUGAUGGGGAACCGUUUGUCUCUAACAUUGUGGUUUCUUUAAGAUGCUUGACUUGGGCCACAUGAGAAUAACAGAUCUUUGGGCAGUCCAAGCAAGAGCCUACUGAUCUAGCAGCCAAGACUGCCCCUGACCUUUGGCCAUGUACCCCAACCCUCUCAUCUAUUGCACCUGCUGGGACCCCUGGAACUUGGGACCACGGAAGCUAAUCAAGACCCCUCAACUACCACACAAGAACUCCACAGGGAGGUCUAAGCUAACACCUCUUCUACCAGCUCCAAAAAAUCACAAUUGCCUCCAACCAACAAAACCUGUUGUUUCCCCAAAAAUGAAAAUCCAUUCAGCAAGGCAAGAAGAGAGCAAUAAAUCAUUUUAUGAAGUGAUCAACGUGUCACCUGGCUAUCAACUUGUUCGGAAUCGGGAACAGAUUUCUGUCACCUUAGGGGAUGAGAUGUUUGAUAGGAAAAAGCGGUGGGAAUCAGAGAUCCCAGACAAAGGCAGAUUUUCCAGGACCAACAUCAUUUCUGACCUAGAAGAGCAAAUCUCAGAGCUGACAGCAAUAAUUGAACAAAUGAACAGAGACCACCAGUCUGCCCAGAAAUUGCUCUCCAGUGAAAUGGAUCUCCGCUGUGCUGAGAUGAAACAGAACUUUGAAAACAAGAACAGGGAGCUCAAAGAGGCCCAUGAAGCAGAACUCAGUGAGUUGGAGAACAACUACAAAGCAGCCUUGAAGGCGCAGAAGAUGGCUGCCCAAGAGAAGCUAGAGGAGAUGGGAAAAGAAUACAAGUAUUUGAAGAAUAUGUUUCGUACGUAUCAGGACAGUAUUUAUGAUGAAAUGGAAGAGAAGUGGUCAAAACAGAAGGCAAAAUGGAGGAAGGAUGAGAAGUUGGAGCGAGAAAAUACCCUGCUACAGCAAAAAAAAAAGAUGACCAAAAAAUUCGAAUUGGAGUCAGGAGAAGAAGAGAAGAAAAUAAAUGAAUCUUGCAGUGCUGUCUUUGAGAACUUCAUUCGAGAGAAGGAGGAGCUCUUGAAGCAACAUCAAAGUGACACCUUGCAAUUAGAAGAGCUGAGAAAAACCAAAGAGGUCAUGGAGGAAGAAUUGCAUGCACAAGCCCUUAUCCUAGAGUCACUUAACACAAACCUCUACUAUACCCAGCUGGAACUCCAGAAAGAGAAAGCUAUAGUGGGAAAUCUGGAGAAAAUGCUUCAAACCAAGUUUGCUGAAGCUGAAGAAAAGUAUAAGCACACCAUACAGAUCCUGAUGGAAGAGAACGUUCAUCUGAAGCAAAAGAUAAUUUCUAAGAAUGAAGAAAUUUAUGGAGGAUGUUCUGGGAGAUUGGCCUCUAUUACUGUUUCUAAGGAUGAUUCUGACACUGUGGAAGAUGAUAGCAAGAAAGGACAAGAAUCAUAAACAAAAAGUUGCUCUCCAUUGUUGAAGAUGGUUGGCACACCAUUUCUGUAGGCCCAGGAAACUCCUGGGAGGGUUUUCUUGAGAAAAUGCAUAUAAUGAGUUUAGUUCUUGGGUUGCUCUGAUUCUCUGAGUGGCUGAAAAUGUUUGAAUUCUCAUCUGAAUUUCACAGCUUCUCAUGGACACUUCAUUGAAAAAUGAUGCUCUCCGUACUGGGAGCUGAGCUUUC